ACAUGGAAGAAGGCCAGGUUCAUCAUAUUCACGCUCACUGAAUGACUCAUUUCUGAUGUUCAAUCACUACGUAAACACAAGACUUGGAUUUCAACGGGUUGUGCAAUGUGUUCUAAACGAUCUCGGGAUCGUACGUAGUUAACGCGAUCACUAAACUUCACAAUUAUUUGUCAAGAUGAAAACGAGAGUGCAGAAACGUAAACUUGUCCAAGUCGGUAGCUCCACCGUCCCCGCACACAUCAAGGCGACUCAACAAGCAACAACCAACACUGGUAGAAAUGACUCAUCAAGUACAACGGAAGAUUCCAGUGAAGUUCCACAGAGCAAGGAGAGAAGAAAGAGAAGUAGUCUGACAGUGGCUCCAAAAAGACGAACAUCAACGAGACUGAGAAAACCUGCAAAAAGAAGUCCAUAUUUUGGCAAGGGGGCAGUGAAGGCUCCCAAGAAACCCCCAAAGAAGAAGUGGACUCCGCCCAAGUCACCAUUUAAUCUGGUACAGGAGAGUUUAUUUCAUGAUUCGUGGAAGUUGCUUGUUGCCACCAUGUUCUUGAACAGAACUACAGGGGUUAAAGCAAUACCAGUGCUGUGGAAGUUUUUUGAGUCUUGGCCCAAUGCUGAGGUAACUCGUAAGGCCGACUGGACGGACAUGGUUGAGUUACUCCACCCUCUAGGACUUCAUCUGAAGAGAGCCCAAAUGAUCGUCAGAUUCUCAGAUGAGUAUCUAUCCAAGGACUGGACUUAUCCCAUUGAACUCCAUGGCAUUGGCAAAUAUGGAAAUGACUCUUACCGCAUCUUUUGUGUUGGAGAAUGGAAAGAGGUUGAACCGACUGAUCACAUGCUGAACAAGUAUCAUGACUGGCUGUGGGAGAAUUACGCGUGAGGUUGUUGCAAUAUCAAUACUGGGUAUGUUCUGAAAUAUUACUCUAUACAGCUUGACUUUACCUUAGUCAUAUAAUGAUAAUUAUACUAUUCCAAAACAUUUAUUAUGUGCCGUGAUCGUGUCACAGGGAAAUAUCAUGUAGUCAUGAAGGGAAAUGAUGUAGGACAAACGUUGAAACAGAGGGUAGUGUUUAUGCUGUGGCAUAACCCAACAUUUGUAUGGGGGGGGGGGAGGGUCAGGU